AUUUUCCCUUUCACAGGAUUGAAAUGUUACAAUUCCGGUCAACGGUAGCGCUCAAGGAGUUGUUUCAAACGCAGCUGAAGCGUCCGUUAACGUGUAGAGUCGGUGUUAAUAAACCGACCGCCGCUACCACCACCGGCUCCUCCAGCUUCAGCACCGGCUGCUCGGAUGGCAGCUCCCCGGGAAGAGGGAGGGUGUUCACCGGGCACAACUUCACCAAAAAACACGGUGUGAGAGAGUUCUGCUCCAAAGGUGAAGAACAAAAUGAAACGUCUAAGGACUCAGCAACGGAGAAGAGAAGGAAGGCAGGCAUCUUGCCCAGUCUGGAGGACCUGCUCUUCUACACCAUCGCCGAGGGCCAAGAAAAAAUCCCAGCGCACAAAUUCACCACAGCUCUUAAAGCUACGGGUCUUCGCACAGGAGACCCCCGGCUGAAGGAAUGUAUGGAGAUGCUGAAGGUGACGGUGAAAACCACGUCUGACGGAGCGCUGGACCGACACCUCUUUAAAAAAUGCGUGCAGAGCAACAUCGUUCUGCUCACUCAGGCCUUCAGGAAGAAGUUCGUCAUCCCAGACUUCCAGUCCUUCUGCGGUCACAUGGACGACCUGUUCGAAAACGCCAGAAACCUGUCAGGAGGGCAGGUGGCGGACUACAUUCCCCAGCUGGCUCGCUUCAGCCCGGACCUGUGGGCCGUCUCCUUGUGCACUGUGGACGGACAGAGGCACACUGUCGGCGACACUAAGGUCCCUUUCUGUCUGCAGUCUUGUGUUAAGCCGCUCAAAUACGCCAUCGCCGUCCACGACCACGGCACCGAGUACGUGCACCGCUUCAUCGGCAAGGAGCCCAGCGGUCUGCGGUUCAACAAGCUCUUCCUGAACGAGGAAGAUAAACCACACAACCCCAUGGUUAACGCUGGUGCUAUCGUCUGCACCUCCCUCAUUAAGCAAGGAGCAAGCAACGCCGAAAAGUUUGAUUAUGUCAUGAACUUCAUGAACAAACUGGCAGGAAACGAAUACGUCGGCUUCAGUAACGCAACUUUCCAGUCGGAGCGCGAGUCUGGAGACAGAAACUUUGCCAUCGGCUACUACCUGAAGGAGAAGAAGUGUUUUCCAGAGGGGACGGACAUGACCUCCAUCUUGGAUUUCUACUUCCAGUUGUGCUCCAUCGAGGUGACCUGUGAGAGCGCCAGCGUCAUGGCGGCCACUCUGGCCAACGGCGGCUUUUGUCCAAUCACAGGCGAGCGCGUGCUGAACCCUGAGGCGGUGCGAAACACUCUGAGUCUCAUGCAUUCCUGCGGCAUGUACGACUUCUCCGGACAGUUCGCUUUCCACGUCGGUCUGCCGGCGAAAUCUGGCGUCGCCGGCGGUAUUCUGCUGGUCGUUCCCAACGUGAUGGGAAUCAUGUGUUGGUCUCCUCCACUCGACAAGCUGGGAAACAGCGUCAGAGGCAUCCAGUUCUGCACGGACCUCGUUUCUCUCUGCAACUUCCACAACUACGAUAACAUGCGGCACUUCGCCAAGAAACUGGAUCCUCGCAGGGAGGGAGGAGACCAGAGGGUGAAGUCGGUGAUCAAUCUGCUGUUUGCUGCUUAUACAGGAGACGUCUCAGCGCUGAGGAGGUUUGCGUUGUCCUCCAUGGACAUGGAGCAGAGAGACUACGACUCCAGGACAGCGCUGCAUGUGGCGGCUGCUGAAGGUCACACUGAGGUGGUUCGCUUCCUGCUGGAGGCCUGUAAAGUCAACCCGGUUCCCAAAGACAGGUGGGGCAACACACCGAUGGACGAGGCGGUCCACUUCGGCCACCACGACGUCGUCACAAUCCUCCGCGACUACCACACUCAGUACAGUCCUCAGGAGACACCCGACGACAAGCAGAGCGCUGAGAAGAACCUGGACGGUUUGCUCUGAUGAGGGGAAAAAAGAACAACUUCAGAUAAUGAGCCUGAUGGUGUGAAUGAAAGUGAAACCGCUCCUCUCCUCUCCUCCCACCUCCCUACGUUAAAUCAUGGAUGGGACGCACCGAGGCGGGGAAACAGAAAACAGAGAAAGAGUUCCCCUCUUAAACUGUCCGAUGGGAAGAAAUGUAACAGAAAACAUGUGAGAUCAGGUCAGAAGUCACUAAAAUCAGCUCAGACAAUAAACUGUACAGUAGAUUUAAUCCGUUAAAACAACUUCAGAUGAAAGGAAGCGGCGUCCCUUCAUCAUGUUACUAGGUGUUGUUUUUUUUGUAUAUUAUCGUAUGAACUUUGAGCAAAAGCUGGGGGAUGGGGAAACAUUUUCAUUUUUAUUACUAUUAUUAUUAUUAUUAUCAUCGCUCCUUCUGUAUUUUAGCUUUUUUUCCCCGUCGUCGCUGCGGCCGCUGAAAUCGAGGGGCGACGUCAUUUUUUUUAAAUCGCAAAAAAACAAGAAGCAGCAGGUGUUAAAAAAAGUAAAAAAUAAACCUUCACUUCAUCGUCAUCAUCACAACGUGGUGGAAUGUAUCGCCCCUCCCUCUCCUCCUCCCCCCCAAAAAAAUACACUUUAAUGUGUGUGUGUGUGAACCUCGAUAUAUUUAUUUAUCUAUUUAAGAUAAAGUGUACAUUCAUGUAGUGUGUGUGUGUGUGUGUGUGUGUGUGUGUAUAUUAACACAGAGGACGCGUUUAGUGUAAAUACGUACAGGUGUAGAGUCGUAGUUUCUGUAGUGGGAUCAGUGUGUGUGUGUGUCUGUGAAGUUAGAUUUCACCGAUACACUCCGAAAAAAAACUGUCAGUAUUUAAUCUUUAAAUAUGACACAAAUAAGAUGAAAUUUACAUCUUUUUGUUACCUUGUUUAAAAACGUUUAAAAGGUGACGCUUUUAAUUUUUGCUUUCUAAUAUUUCCCCCCCCCCCCCCUAAAUGGAGAUUUUAUUUUUCACUGUUUUAUUGUAUUAUUUGCUAUUUAUUUUGUUUUUUUAAUAAGUUUUUAAAAAAUUGUAAGCAAGUCAGCCAAAGUUGAGGUUGUUUUCUGUGUUUCUACAUAUCAGAUGUGACACUGCCAGCGCUGACAGCACAGAGACUUCACUGCUGUCAAGAUCGACGACUUUUUAAACGCACAAUAUGUCAUUUUUUCUGCCGCAGUUAAAAAACUAAUACAGAAGGCGACGCAAAAUAGUGCAGGGAUCGUGGGAGUCGUCAUCUUUAGUGUUAAAAACCAGCUUCGAGAUCUCAUUCACUCCAGAACAAACUGACCACGUGAUUAAAAACAGUAAAAACAUUGAAUAUCUACGUUUUCCUGACAGUCAAACACUAAACAAAAGAUGCAAGUAGCACCGGAUCAUGGGUUAAAUUCAUUGUUUUUAAGCAGGAGACGAAUUAUCCACAGAGAUCCUCUACUCCAAAAAAACCAGACCUACAAUCAUUUAAAACAACCCGAAAAGCAAUCAAUAAUUCAGUUUCACGUUAAAUAUCUGUGUUUUUCUAACAGAGGACGUCCAUAGUUUUAUUUUAAUGAGUCGUCUUCAUUGUUAAAAAUCUGCAUUUUUCUUAUGCUAUUUUCCAGACAGAGGACGUCCAGUGUUUUGUUUUAAUGAGAGACUGUCAAAAUCUCCCUUCAUCAGUCUUUAUCCAUUAUCAACACAAACCAUUUAAACAAGUUAAAUGUGUGCUCACCUCGUAACGUUUCCUAUAACGACAGAAACAAACCAGUUGUAGUAUAUUUGGUUCUUACAACAGUUAUCAUCAAUCAGAAAGUCGCCUCUAUUCAACCAGUUAACCUGCUUUGUCACAAUAUUCACACUAAAUGUUCGGUUUGUGGCUAAAUGUUUAGUUGUGCAGUUUGGAUACUGCAACAACAUUCAAGGUUUCCUCUCAAACAAGCAAACAUUUAAGACACAAAGGACCAGAUGAAUAUAUACUGUAUUGAACAUUCAUUUAAAGGUAAUUCAAGGUACCACUUUCAGCUAAAGUCGUCCGGUUAAAAGAUAAAAAAGUGCAACCUCGGAUCUAAAAUGCGACUCAACAAAAUACAUAAUGGGUCUCGUCUUGUUGGUUUUAGACAUUUAAAUGCAGAGAAGUUACAUGUUGGGCCUUUAAGGUUCUCUUAAGCUUUUUAUGUUAUGUUUGUUUUUUUAGAUUUAAAGUUAAAGACAUCUCAGCUCACAGAUUUAAAGCUCGUAACACCCGAAAAUAACUCGUGUCAAAGGAAUCACACUUAAUUAUAGGACAGAUUUUGUCAUCUUUUAAUUUAAAUUUCAAUAUAACAAACUUUAAAGCUUUUCUUACAGCAGCUAAACCUUAAAUUUAAACUUCUGGCUUUAUUUUAAUGUCAUAUGACAUGUUUGAGCUUUUUUAAGUGCAAUUCAUUUGACGCUUUUAACCCUAAAAAUCUGUGAGGAUCAAAAAGCUUUCAGCCACUUCUCAGUAAACGUGUUGUAAUGUAUCACAUGAAAUAUGAAGGUUUGUAUGUGUGAGGACUCAGGAAGGUUUUAGACUAUUAAAAAACAAAAAAAACCUAAACUGGAUGAGCUUUAUAACACAAGUUUUUAUAUUUGUCACACACUCUGAAAGUUGGGUUUUUGUGUGUUUGUAGCGUGUCGGAGGUUUGGAUGUUAAAAAUUCACGUUUAGUUAAAAUUUUAGAGCGAACAUUUCUCCGCCUUCAGGUCGAGAUCAGUUCAGUUUUUAAGGGUUCAAGCUUAAAAAGGGUUUAACUUGACUUUGUGUGCUGGUUUUAUUCUUGAUUUUCUUCAGACAUCGUCAGAUGGCCACGAAUAUUAACGCAAUCAGCCAGAUGGGGUUGCCAUGACAACCAACUUUACGUUUUGGGCCUAUAACGUGUAUAAAUAAACCCCAAAAGGCUGAUUUAUGGUCGGUCGCCCAAGUUUCACCCAACAGUUAAAAUUAAAGAGUAAAGUGUUGUCUCCAUAUUAAUCAAAAGCGCUAUCCUUAAUUUUAAGCAAGGACAUAAACAAGUUAGCUAGAGUUUAGAAAGAAGUUCAGUGAUAACUACCUACAAAAAUCACCAUGGCGACUUUCGGUUACACUACCCAAUCAUAUUAUUGCACGAAUAAAUACGACGGUGUCCAUGGCAACGAAAUCCCAAGUGUACAACAUUAGGAAAGGAAAACGUAAAGCGACACUUAAACUAUAAAACCAACGAGAAUUUAUGUCUCAUAAGCAACAUUUUCUCGUGGAUUUUGGGGUUUCAGACGAAUCCGAACAUUAGUUAGUCACGCUUAUUUCAACCUGGUUAGAUUUUCCACCUCCUAAACUGUCGGUCUAACUACUACCAAAUUUUAGGAGGAUCAUUACUGGACCAGGGUUAUCAAAAGUUGCUUAAAUAAAGUUUGUUAAUGUCUUAAUUAGUUUGAUCAACUUCAAAAAGGACCAAUCAUCGCCACACAUGUACCCUGAAAGUCUCAUUCAAAUCGACCACUAGGGGGCGGUGCAGUUGUUUACAUUGUUUAACCACGUGUGUAAAACUAGUUUAAAAAUCAGUCAGUAGGGGGCGCCACCAGCUCCAAACACAAGGCACAAAUUACGCCAUAAAUCAGCGAGUUUCAUCCAAACAUGAUGAAUAUUUUUAAAUAAAACUUCUUAGUGUUUGUUGGCUUGAACCCUGAAAUCAAUGCUUCAACUUUAUAUUCUUUAAUUAAAAUAAUUUAAAGUAUUUUAAUUGAAAUUUCCCACGAGCACAAAACUCAAUAUGACGAUUAGCAAUAUAAACUCGAUGAUUGUACGAUUUAAAUAAAAAUGAGCAAUACGGAUUAGAUAAUUCCUAUUUUCUCUCUGAGCUGAUCCCGACCUGUUAGCGCUGCAGCUCGUCGGUGAUUACGAGGCGAUUGAUUGUUUGUGUUGUUGCAGCUGCGACUCAAACUGUUCUGAAUGUAACGUGUUCGGUGUCGUACUGUUUUCCUCUUCAUGUAUGUUUCUGCUGCCUUCGACACUCGCCGAGUGUCGCACGCAGUUCAGAUAUUUAUUCACAGAUGAAAAACAUUUAA